AUGUUCAAUCUUGAAGAUGAGCCGCAGUAUGAACAGCUAUAUGCAGAACUGUUGUCUCGAUUCAACGAACAAUCAUACAAGCUCCAAAUACAGACAAUGAUGCUCAAUAGCCAGAAAUGCACGAUUGACGAACAAACGAGCAUUAUCUUCGAACUUGAGGCGCAGAAACGAAAAAUUGCUGGCGAUCUUGAGGAACAAAAUGGACGGGUGGCUUUAAUGCUCGAAUGUUUAAAAAGGAAUAGUCGAGAAUGCACCUCUGAAGGGGAUAGUCGAGAAUUCACCUCUGUCUGGGACUAG